AUGUGGACCAUUAGUGACUUCCCAGGGUAUGCCAUGUUAUCUGGCUGGCCAACACGGGGGGCAAAUGCAUGCCCUAAUUGCGGUAUGAGAACACAUUCGGCAUACUUGAAAAAUGGUCAUAAAUUCUGCUAUUGUGGACACCGGCGAUACCUGCCCGACGGUCAUAGAAUGCGUCUGGAUCGACAGUCCUUCGAUGGAACGAUGGACUUUGCAGCACCUACGACACCCAUAACUUGUACAGAACUGGAAGAACAAAUACGCGAUGUGCCAACUACAUAUGUGAAAGAUGAUUUGAUUACACAACACUUGGCACAUCGAUCUAGAAAACGGCGUCUCUAUGAGCAUGAAGAAGUGUUAGGGUGGAAAAAGAAGAGCAUAUUCUUUGAAUUACCAUACUGGGCUGAGAAUGAUAUACGACACAACCUUGAUGUGAUGCACAUUGAAAAAAAUGUUUGUGAGAAUGUCCUUCACACUUUGCUAGGCACGAAGGGAAAAACAAAGGACAACCUUAAUACAAGAAAGGAUUUACAGUUGUUGAAUAUAAGAACUUCUUUGCAUCCUAUUCCGAGACCGAAUGGUGGUUUUUAUUUACCUGCAGCCGCUUACACCAUAAGUUCCUCUGAAAAGAAAAUAUUUCUAUCGGUCUUGAAAAAUCUAAGACCCCCCGAUGGUUUCAGUAGCAAUUUAUCCCGUAGGGUGAGAGUGGAGCAACUAAGCAUUUGGGGAUUGAAGAGCCACGAUUGUCAUGUUCUAAUGCAGAAGAUUCUUGCCAUUUCCCUCCGCCGGGCACUACCGAGAGAAGUAGUUCUUGUAUUGAUAGAAUUGUGUGGCUUCUUCCAUUCGAUGUGCUUACACAACAACUCAGUUCGUCAGUUGGAGAAGUUACAGGAAAGGAUAGCUUUGACUCUCUGCCAUCUAGAGAAGUUAUUUCCUCCGUCAUUUUUUGACGUGAUGGAGCAUCUCCCAAUUCACUUGGUGGAAAAGGCAAUGAUUGCCGGACCUGUGCAUUAUAGGUGGAUCUAUCCUAUUGAACGGUAUUUAGGUACUCUUAAGAGAUAUGUACGAAACCGUGCACAGCCAGAGGGGUCCAUUGUAUGCGGAUACCUCUCGGAGGAGUGUAUGUCAUUUUGUUUAAGGUAUCUUGGUGGUGUCAAGACAAAAGAGAACCGAGGCCCGCGACAUGAUGACCAGGGGUGCACAACUGGCUGUGGUAUUGGUGGGGUAGAAGAACCAACACACAUUGUCGAAGGGACGGUUACUGAUUAUAUGAAGACAUUAGCACGCGGACCCAACCGUCAUGCAAUAAGGUACACUUCGUGCAUAGUUGGAGGUUUGCGCUUUAGAGUCAAGUCAAUAGAUGACGGGAAAAAGACUCGGUGUGCCGGAGUGAUGCUAAAUGCGAAUACUAUGAGUUUUGCCAGUGCAAGAGACAUUAACCCAUGUUCAGGCACCGUUGCAUAUUACGGUAUGGUGACUGACAUUAUAGAGGUGCAGUACAACAACGAGAAUAAACACCUUCUAUUCAAAUGCGAUUGGGUGGACCCAGAGAGGGGCAUGAAAGAAGACGAAUUUAGGUACAAGUUAGUAAACUUCUCGCAUUUGAUGUACUCAAAAAAUCUUCCCACGGAUGAACCAUUUUGUUUAGCUACACAAGCAAGACAAAUUUGGUACAUCGAUGAUCCAAUUGAUGGAGCAUGGAGUGUCGUUGUGCCAAUGGUAAAGAGAGAUAACUAUGAUGUUUACACGAUGAUAGAUGACAGAUUCAAUAAUAGGUUCUCCUUAGAUUAUGGGUAUUGUUCUCGGGAAUCCCGUGACUAUUGGGUGAGAAAGGGCGUAGAAGGAACGAUAGUAGAAGGAGAGCAGCUAGGGAAUGUAUCCGUUGGUAUACAAAGCCACCUUGGCGAGUCCUCGGACGAGGAGACUGAUGGAGCUCCGAUGUAG